AUAGCGAUGAGGCAUUAGCGCUUCCGGGGUGUGGGGCAGGGCGGCGGGGGGAGUUUCCCCGACGGGGUUGUUGUCCUGACUCCCUCGCAAGGCCCGAAGCGAUGGGAAGCGGCAGGGGCGGCUGCCGCCAGCAACGCUCCCGCCGCCACCGCUCCUCCGACCGCUCCUCGCCGCUGUAAUGGCGGCCUUCACUACGACCAGCAACGAAGCCGCCGCUGCCGCAGGCGCACCGCCGCCCCUGCCGCCGGUGGGUCCCGGAGCCGAGCCGGUGCUGGACGAGUUCACGGCGCCGGCGGAGAAGAGCGGCUGCCUGGAGCGCAGCCGCGCCAGCAUCGAGCGCCUGUUCCGGGUCCGCCUGGCCAUCCUGGGGUCGCUGAGCAGCGGCGGUUGGGCCGCUCUAGAUCUCGGGCAGCAGCAAAACGCCGCCGCCGGGCGCAGGAUCUGGCUGAGCCUCCAAGGCCAGCGGGAGGACGUUCGGGCCGCCAAGGAAUAUAUUAAAGGAAUUUGUGAACCUGAACUAGAAGAGAGGGAGCAUUAUCCCAAAGACAUGCACUGUAUUUUUGUAGGAGCCCAGAGCCUCUUCUUGAACUGCCUUAUUCAGGGGACCUGUGCUGAUAUUACUGUUGUGGAAAUAGGGACCCUGAACAUUAAGGGUGCUGCUGAACCUGUGGUCAUGGCCAGAAGCCACGUUCAACAGUUUGUGAGUCUCUUCAGAAACAACACAAGUCUGCUGAACAGCAGAGAGCCAGAAGUGAAAAAACAGUUCAAACAACUUGUUGAAGCCCAUGCGGAUAAAUAUACAAUGGACUUGUUGAUCUUACCAAGCUCACUGAAGAGAGAACUACUUAGCCUUGCACAGAGCGAAAGCCAGAAAGCAGAAGGUAAAAGUGUAGACCCUGCCAAUUUUGAUGGGACUCCAGAACUUCUUCCCAAUGAAAUACAGAAACUGUCCGCAGUGAACAGCGACUGCAGAACAGGUCACGAGGAAGCAAGAAACAAUGCAGGUACCCCAGUCACUGAGUUAGCAAAGCAAAUGGACACUCUCUUCCCUGAUGCUCCAGAAAGACAUUUCUUACCUAUAAAUGGACUGAAUUCCUUAGAGACAUCUGCAUGCAAAGAGAGGCAGUCAUGUAAAAGGAGGUCAUCAGAUGCUGAGGAAAGGCUACCAAAGAAACAGUUUUCUUUAGAAAACAAUGUAGUAGUGGUUGAUCUGGUCACUGAUGAAAGCAGCGAGAUGGAUGGUCCGGGUUUGAACACUAAAGAAGGCGAUGAGAUAAGUGAGGAAAUGGAAUACAACAUUUUGGUGAACUUCUUCAAAAGCAUGGGCUACUCACAACAGAUUGUGGAGAAGGUGAUUGGAGACCUCGGACAGUUGGCUGAGCCUCUACUGCUUUUGGAAGAAAUUGAAAGAGAGAGCAGAAAGGUCCCUGAAGAGAAAGACCAGGUUGAUCACCUACAUUGGACUGCUGGGACUUGGGCAGAGAAAGAUAAAGGUAGCUCUAGCAGCAAAGGCCAGCGGGACCGAGGUCUGAAAUUACAGCUGCCAAAGAAUGCAGAACAAAACAUGACCUCUGCUCCACGAGCACAGUGCAAGGUUGAAGGCAAACCGCAUAUAUCAAACAGUGAAAACCAGACUCCUCUUUCUGGAAGCCAAAAUCCACAAUACAAAGGCUGCAGUAAAGCAGUCUCAAACUAUUAUUAUGAACAGUCUCGUAUUUCCCAAACAAAUGAUAUAGAAAGUGACGGUCAUGUGAAUGCUUGUGAUAGUAUGCAAAGGGUAGUGAAAGGCAGGAAACCGAAAGAGCCCAGCUUGGUAGCAAGGGGUGGCUUGGAGACUCCACACCCACCAGUUGAGAAAGAAACUAUGGUUCUUCAGGCAUGUCCAGACCCCUCAUCUGCGAAGCAUGAUCAGCAUGGACGGUGUAAUCCUUUGCAGCUUGGAGCCAGGCAGUUCCCACCCCCAAAACCAAAUCAUCUCCUAGAGCCUCUGCCAAUGACUGCCCCUUCCUCAGAAAGGAGAAAAGGAGGGUCAUACAGUCAUCAUGCUGACCCUCCAGUCACUGGGGUUCAGAGGUUUAAAGAAUCUUUGAAAACACCAUACAAGCUGGAAUUGAAAAAUGAGCCAGGGAGAGACCACUUAAAGUACAUAGUAAUAGAUGGCAGCAAUGUUGCAAUUGCCCAUGGUCUACAGAAGAUCUUCUCAUGUCGAGGAAUUGCAAUUGCUGUUGAUCACUUUUGGAAACGUGGCCACAGAAAGAUCACUGUGUUUGUCCCACAGUGGCGAACAAGGAGAGAUUCUAACAUCACAGAACAGCAUUUCUUAACCCAGCUCCAGGAUGUUGGUAUUUUGGCACUCACCCCUGCAAGGGUUGUAUUUGGAGCCAGGAUUGCAUCUCAUGAUGACAGGUUUUUGCUACAUCUCGCUGAAAAGACUGGAGGAGUUAUUGUCACCAAUGAUAAUCUCAGAGAAUUUGUGGAUGAGUCCACAUCCUGGAGGGAGAUUAUUCAAAAGAGGCUGCUGCCGUACACUUUCGUUGGAGACUUCUUCAUGGUUCCCGAUGAUCCUCUGGGACGAAAUGGACCAGGAAUAGAACGUUUCCUUCAGGAGGAAACCCGUUUCAGAGGAGUUCCACCCCAAUAUGGCCAUGCAAGUGGAGGCCCACCUCCUUUUGGGACAUCGCAUUUCCUGAUGCAAACUAAUGGUAGUGGACAGUUGCCAAAGAGCCCGUUACCUGGUGCCGUACCUGCCUUGACUAUGUUUCCACCUGCACCUCAUGCUAACCCAGCCCUCCCCCCGCAUCCAAGAUCUACUGCAGAAACAAUCCACUUAAGAGAAGCCUUGAGAAAAAUCUUCCCUACAUCCGAGCAGAGGGAGAAGAUAGAGGAGAUACUUGCCCAGCAUCCCCACAUGAGGGACAUGAAUGCCUUGUCUGCGAUGGUGCUUGAUUUGGGCUGAUACACAUAACCGCAACGCUUUGGAUUCUGCAGCUUGGAUUGUAAAGAUAAAGAUGCAUACGAGCUGGUGUUACGCCAUCUGUGAAUAGUCAAAACUUAAUCCUUUUGUAUAAAAAAAAUUGUUAAUAUUUGGAUGAUUCACUGAUACCCCUUUUUUAUUCAUCUAAGUUAUGUUGCUUUUACGAAAUUGUAUUGAUGCAUAUUUUUUUAAAAAAAGAAAUGUCUUUAUUUCUGACUGGCUUGAAAAUUGUUUACAAAACUUCCAAGUUAUUUGGGAAAUAAGUAGAUCUGACAGCAGAUCUAAGUUCUGCUUAAAAUUGAAUUAAUGUUUGCAGGUUUCUUAAUGGGCAUUAUUUCUUCUCUCAUUGCCUGAUUUAAUAGGCAGAGGUGAAUUUUCAGUGAGCAAAUUAUGGCCAUUUCGUAUAUCCUGGUCAUGCAAGUGCUGGAGGUCUCCAUCUUAAGGCAAAAUACUUUCCUGACUACUGCAUGCAAGCCCUUGGCUUGCUAUUGGCUGAGCUUUUACAAUAUCACACAGUCCAAAUACAGGCUAAUGGGGGUAGCUGUGCCAAUGGAGCUUUUGGAGAAUGCUCAGGAAGAACAUGUUAGAAUUUUGCCACUUCCUGAAAACCAUUGUAGUCCAAUUUAGUUUGCUAGCUUUUAUUACAGUAUGUGUUGUUUCUCAGUUUGGAAAAAAAAACAUUGGAGGGAAACAUUUCUUCCCAACUUCUUACAGUGGGCAAUAAAAACAAAUUGUUUUAUGGCAUUACCACUUGAUAUCAAUGGAGUUGUUGUAGAGCAUUUGUACCUGUAGGAAGCUUUUGAAGGUGGCUCUGCUCAAGCCAAGUGCUGCUCCUUCCUUUGUGAGAAGCUACAAGGUGCUUCAAUGCUUGGGUUCACAUGGUACUAUUUGAACACUGAUUUAGUGUGUUUGGGGUACAAUAUGCAACCACAUCUUUGGCUUGACCUGAGAGAAUAUAUCUGUGACCUCACGGCUGGAAAGAAAGUCACCUUCCACCUUAGAAUGGGCCCUCACUGUAAAAAUAGGGCAUCUACAGCAGGGUUGGAAAACGUGCCUUUAAAAUCCAUCUCUGCAUCUUUCAUAGAAUGGAUAGUUGUGCACACAUGCUUACAGUAGUAGAAGCAUGUUUAGGAAGGCAAGGAGCAAAGUAAAUUUGGAGUGGCACCAACUUUGCCUUGCACUGUUAAAGAGCACCAUCUCUUAACAAUUCAACUUAAGGGAGAGGAAGGAAGGAAGAUGGCACGAGCAAUUGUCAAGGGAACAGUUCCAUUGCUCCCCCCCCCCCGCCCCCAUUUUAGCACACCAACAGUUGUUGAACAAGCCUCUUGACAAGUGUUCUUAGCUUUGCAGGAAUUCCCCUCCGCUUGAAAGAGUGAUAAACCAGUCUGUUUAACCACAGCCAUGCCUACCAGCUGCUUCUGUUUAUUUACCCACCUUCCCUCCACUGAGCAAGAAGAAUUUGCAGAAACAGCCAUGCUGAAUAUGUUAAGAUAGCACAAAUGUUUGUUGGAAUUUUCUGGGGGCUGAAUGCAAAAGCUUCUGCAUGGAGAUUCUGUGGAGUGUGUGACAGCUAUUGAGUCAUUUAAUUAAGAAGCUCCAGCUAAUGGUGAAAUACAAGAGCUGAUCUUUAAUGGUCCAUGAAAUAAAGUCAUUAAGGGGUGAGCUGUCAACAGAGGCUAUUCACAGCAGGAAUGGGCUGACUGUUUACUAGAACUGCCACUGAUGCUUUAAAUUUACAAAUAGACUGUAUAUUCAGCAUACCUUAAGGCAGAGAUGGGCAGCAUGAUGCCCUUAGGUUUUUCUUUCUUACAUUCAUAUCCUGCCUUAUUUCCAUGAUGGGACCCAACAGGGUAUACAUGUGGUCCUCAGGCAGUCACUCAUCCAGACACUGACUGGGCCCCAGCAAGGUGGUGGCUGCUGUGCCUUCAGACCCCAUGAUUAGGCAUGAUGGGAGUUGUAGUCCAACAUACCUUCCACAUUUGCUACCCUUGCCUAAGGAAUAACAUCAGAGCUAAGUGAUACUGUGUGCUUUUGCUUAAGACCCUGUGUGUAUUGCGUAAGGCCAAGCACCCCAAAUCCACCAUACUUUGCCACAACCCUAAAAAGUGUUAGUGGUAAUCAAGUUCACUAGAAGUGUGCUGGUGAGCUAUGGUGCACCCUAUGCCCAUCUCGCUAACCCACAAAUAACACCAGCAAAAUAGCCCUUUGAAACAUAUGCUGCAAGCAUGGUGAAUUUAGGAAAAGAUCAAACAAAUGAGAAUCUCUGCAUGAUUUCUCAGUAAUGAGGCUUUAUUCCUUACCCCAUGAAAGGCCUGCACCAGGCUUGGGUGGUCGGCUCUCAACAUAAGGAUGCUGUGGGGGAAAUGCUUCUCGGGGCCCUGGGAGUGCUCCUCCGAUUGAGGCAGGUUACUUCCAUUUCUCACAAUGGCUUGCUGCAAUCUUGCAGGGGACAUUUCAGUACAACUUCCCCAGAGCUGGUGGCCACAACAUAGCAGAGGGGGAAAGAACCCAUAUUUGCCACUUUUCUGGUAGUUGGCCUGAAAAGACAAGUGAGGAAAGGCCAGCCGUUUUAUUUCCUAUUUGGCUCAUAACCUGACACAGUGAAAACUGCUAUACAAGAACUGUAUCCAUCCUAGAAAUGAGAUUGUUAUCUUUCAUUUCCAACUGUGCUGUGCUUACAGAACUGUGUACACACCUCUUCUUGUUAGGGCUUCCAGGUCAGGAGCAUCCCAGACCCUGAGAUUUCAGUGCCCAACCCUGCGACUUUGGGAUGUCCCUUGUGGGUGUUAUUGGGAGUGGUAGCUCGUGAUCCUUCCCCUGCACUCCAACCACUGAGCCUUGGAGACAGGUUAAUUGGGAGAGUGGAGGUAGGGAGACUCAAUGCAAUAAUUUGCAACCAGCUCCUGCCAGGAUGAUGCUUGCAAGGCACAAGUCCUCUGCUGCCUGGAGGGGACCUGGCAAGCCUAGAGACUUCAUGUCAGCCCUGGAGGUCUGGCAACCCUAUUCAUGCACCCCUGAGCAGCCGGUGAGAUGGGGUAUGGGAAUGGGCAUCUUGUCAUUGCUACUAGGAAGGAAUUUAGACACCUUCCUUCCUCUAACCUCACCUCAACUUUUGUCGAGGGCAACAAUACUGGUUUUGACAUUCCAGGACUUCAUCCGCUCUAGGUCCUCUGAAUGAAAAAGGUCAAAAUACUCUAGCAGACAAAUCAACAGGAAAUAACUUAUGAAAGAGUUUCAACCAUGACUGCUGCAAAAACAUAACAAGAAGAGGAAGAAGAUGGUAAGCACAAUUCUGGGAGGUGCUGUGAGUUCAUCUCAAAGAUACGCAAGGGAAAGGGAAAAGCUUUAAGGGCUGAGCAAGUAGUGCAGUGAAUUCAGGCAGGUCAGCUCAAGGAGAACGUGGGUUCUGCUAUGGCUUUCCUCUUUCUUCUUACAUGCAUUUCACAUUCCUGCACUGUUGUGCUUUGGUAAUGAACCUCGUCUAUUCAAAGCUUGGCCCAGCAUCUUGCAACAACAAAGGGGCUGAAAUAUUUUUUGAAACUUGAAGAUGAUGAUUUACAGAGCACCUUAAGUCCAGGUCUUUGGUUAAGCUAAUUGGCUCAGCUGGCUUUGCUCCAAGCACUCUGUCUUAAUUGGUUAGCAGCUCAAGCUGCUAGAAACCAGGCCUGCAAAAAUAAUACUGUAGCCUGGUAAUGGUGUCACUUGAGUCUAGUUGUGUUUAUUUGGCAUCUUCCUCUUUGGACUCCUAGAUAUGAAGAAUCUUGGCAUGGUGUUCCGAGUGAUACUGCUUAUAUGCUGCUUACAGGGCCGGCCCUACGGCCAGGCUGGGUGGCACAGGGCGC